GGCUCUCGUCCGGUCGCUCGCACAUACGCGCACACGCACACGGGAAGGAAGGGAGAGUGUCGGCUCUCUGCAAGCCGCGCUGUGAAGCUUUGCCCUGGAGAGGAUGACAGUGGUAGAGGAAGGGAAUUGAAAGAGACGCAGAAAAGCAGAGGAUGGGGAAAAAACUCAAACGCGAGCAUUCUUUUCGCCCUUAAUCAGCUGUCAUGUGGGUUCAGGGGGGUGCGCGUGGACAGGAAAUCCAGAAUGGCUUCCGGGAUUAACCUCUGCUCUUCAUAGAACUACCCAGAAGUUCACGUCCAUGUGUACAGCCUUUCUUAGUCGGGGAAAUUCCAUAAUGUAAAUGUAUAUCGCUUUGGGUCAUGAACCUUAGAGGAUCCUCCCGGACCAUCCCAUCUAUAGUUUGGAUUUAGAUUCCUCUUUUGCUGGGACUACUGCACAGGUCUGCAGCGGUGGCUGUAGGUGGCGGCUACAGCGGCGGCGGUGGGAGGACCUUGCCACCUCGAAACGCGGGGAUAACUUUACAAAAGCACACGCCACCAUGAGGAUAUCUACCACCUCUUGUCUCUGUCCCUUUCUGGUCUGCCUCUGUUUCAUCCAGAGGUGCUCUGGGGCGAGCCAUCACGUUCCUACCAAAGUGCCCUCCAAGAACCAGACCAAACUGGCUAACGGGGAGACGGAGGUGCACCACAGGCCUAAGCGUGGAUGGAUCUGGAACCAAUUCUUUGUUUUAGAAGAACACAUGGGACCAGAUGCACAGUAUGUGGGAAAGCUUCACUCAAACUCAGACAAAGGUGAUGGAUCUGUCAGGUACAUUCUGAGCGGCGAAGGAGCUGGGACUAUAUUUAUCAUCGAUGAAGUGACAGGGGAUAUUCAUGCCACUAAGAGCUUGGAUCGGGAACGGAAAACACAUUAUGUCCUCCAUGCGCAAGCAUUGGACCGUAACACAGAGGAGGCCCUGGAACCAAAGUCAGAAUUCAUCAUCAAAGUACAAGACAUCAAUGACAAUGCACCCAAAUUUCCAGAUGGACCCUUUGUAGCUUUGGUGCCUGAGAUGUCUGAAGUGGGCACAUCUGUGUUGCAAGUCACAGCAACCGAUGCAGACGACCCCACCUAUGGAAACAGUGCCAGAAUAGUCUACAGUAUCCUACAAGGACAGCCAUAUUUCUCCGUUGACCCCAAAACAGGAAUCAUCAGGACUGCCUUAGCUAACAUGGAUCGAGAAGCCAGAGAACAUUACACUGUUGUCAUCCAAGCCAAAGACAUGGCAGGUCAAGUUGGAGGCCUCUCUGGUUCCACCACCAUCAACAUCACACUGACAGAUGUCAAUGACAACCCGCCCAAGUUUCCCCAAAAAAACUACCAGCUCUACGUUCCUGAAUCAGCUCAAGUAGGGAAGCCUGUAGGAAAGAUCAAAGCCAAUGAUGAGGACCUUGGAGUCAAUGCGGACAUUCGGUACAGCAUCAUCAAUUCAGAGGGGGCCAACAUGUUCUCAAUUUCUGCAGACAGAGACACGAGGGAAGGAAUCAUCAGCCUAAAAAAGCCUCUGAACUUCGAGAGGAAGAAGACCUACACGCUCAACAUCGAGGGGGUGAAUACACAUGUGGAUCCUCGUUUUUCUUAUCUUGGCUCUUUCAAAGACACUGCCACCCUUAAAAUUACAGUUGGGGAUGUGGACGAAGCCCCUGUGUUUUCUAUGGAUUAUUAUAUCAUGGAUGUUUAUGAAAACUCACCAAGUGGCACGGAGGUGGGGGCUGUAACAGCUCGAGAUCCUGACAGCAGGAACAGUCAUGUCAGAUACUUCUUGGACAGAAAAGAGGAAGGUAUAAAUUAUUUCAGAGUCGACGAAUACAGUGGAGUUAUAUAUACAACACUGCCCCUGGACAGGGAAGAUAUGCCUUGGCACAACAUCACUGUUAUGGCCUCGGAGGUUGACAAUCCCAGCCUUCUCAGUCAUGUUCCUGUAACUGUUCAGGUGCUCGAUGUGAAUGACAAUCCACCAGAAAUAGCAACAGAUGAGGAAGUUAUUGUCUGUGAGAGCUCAAGGCCGGGACAGGUGAUCCAGACUGUCACAGCAGUGGAUAAGGAUGACUUUGCCAACGGACAGCGGUUUUCCUUUGCUUCACCAAGCCAGCUACCAGUUAAUCCCAACUUUACCCUUAAGGACAAUGAAGACAGUACAGCCAGCAUUAUUGCAAGACGACGCCGUUUCAACCAUCUGACACAGGAGCUCUACGAGCUGCCCAUUGUAGUGUGGGACGGUGGGGAGCCUUCGCUGAGCGGAACCAGCACCUUGACCCUGCGGGUGUGCCCAUGCCAGCGCCAUGGCAGGAUCCGGAUGUGCCAAGGCGAAGCAUUCCUAUCAUCAGCAGGUCUCAGCACGGGGGCCUUGAUUGCCAUCCUGCUGUGCAUCGUUAUCCUGCUGGCAAUUGUAGUCCUGUUUAUUACUCUAAGGCGGAGCAAGAAAGAGCCCCUUAUCAUCUCUGAAGAAGACAUUAGAGAGAAUGUGGUCACCUAUGAUGAUGAGGGCGGUGGCGAGGAGGACACGGAGGCUUUCGACAUCAUCGCUCUUCGUAACCCGGCUGCCGCAGAGGAGCUCAAGUUCCGACGGGACAUUCGCCCAGAGGGGAGGAAACAUUGCGGCCCGCCCCGCAUCCAUCGCAGCCCGUCUGUGGAGCUGGAUGAGGUGGAUGUGCAUGAAUUCAUCAAGCAGAAACUAGUGGAGGCCGACAUGGACACUAGCGUGCCGCCGUACGAUUCACUUCAGACCUACGCUUACGAGGGUCAGGGCUCACCUACAGGAUCCGUCAGUCCUUUAGACUCACCCGGCACACAUUCGGAGCAGGAUUUUAACUAUCUGGAUGACUGGGGACCCCAGUUCCAGAAACUAGCAGAACUUUACGGAGAUCCAGAGUCAGAUGUGACGACCUAGUCUGUGAUUUCAGUCUUGUUCAACCAAAUCUGUUUGAAAUCCGUUUUUUCAGAUUUUCAGUGAAGGAUAUCAACAAACAGAUAUGCUUUCAAACUGUUUCAGUGGUUUCCAACUUAUACUGUUGAACUAAAAAGGACUGCUCUAUUUUUAUUUAUUUUGUUUUUCAUUUUGUCCCUUUGGAUCAUGGGUCGUUCAUCUGGAAGCAUUAAAUCAGAUUUUGAAAAGGAAGAACAUAAAUAUGGGAAAAGGAAAAUGAUAUUUUCCUUGGUGUAUAUUUUUUAAUGCUCAAUAAAGUCCUGAAAUCCAUAUAAGUGGAU